AUGCCAUCCUCGUCAUCUUUAUAUAGUAACAACAAUAAUACGGAAUGUAUUCCGUUCGUGUUGGAUGCUUUUGAAAUUAAUUACAUUCCUCUACUCUCUUCUGCGUCCAACAACAGCAAUAGUAAUAAUGGUUGCAGUUGCAAUGGUGGUUCAUCAUCAGCCAACUCUUCUCCUGUGAGCACCACCACGAACUCUCAGUUUACAACAACUACAGCGACCAAUAAUGUGUUUGACAAAAUUCUCUUGAUAGAUACUCCUUCCGGUGAUGAUCAAUCACAUUAUCGACGAGAGCACUUUUAUAAGGAAGGCCAAGUUUUUGUGAUCAUGUUUGCAUUGGAUCGUAUUUCAUCCUUUGAGAAGGUCCAUGAUUUGUAUUUGGAAAUUAAGGAGGCUGUCAUUCGAAAUUUGACCAUGAUUCUCGUCGGAUGUAAAUGUGAUUUGACUGAUAAGAGAGAAAUUACAUUGUUUGAGGGACUAGAGUUACAAAGAAAGAUUGGUGCUAAAGUGUAUUUGGAAAUUUCGAAUUUGAGCGGGAAGAACUUAUCAACUCUUGUUGAUAAUUGCGCCAAGUUGGGAAAUAAGCUCAUGAUGCAGUCUCUAAAAACUCCUUCAUCACAGUCUGAGAACUCGAACAAAGCAUUGAUUCACAACUCUCGCCCAAAGGAUAUUACUAACCUUAAUGAAGUUUCACAAGUGAAACAAGAACCCACUGUUCAAGCCUCUCUUCAUCAUGUACCUCAUAACUUAAAUCCAGAAAUGGUGGAAAGAAGCAAUCCAAUGAAUUUGGAAAGCAAACAUUUAAGUCCACCUGUGAUCCACACAUCAACUAUUUCUUCACAACACUCUCACCCUACCACUAGUUUUGGUAGUAAGAAAGAAAAUACCAACAACCAGGAUUGUCAUCUUCCUCUUUUAAAACAACCUUCUGGAAGCCCAAUAGUUGUGGAAAGAGAAUUCAGAUUCGGUAUUGAGCUUCAUCCAAAAAUUUAUGAUGAAGAUGAUCCAGAUAUUAUGAUUUUUAAAAGGAUUAAUUUCAAAAUUAAGAAGGUUUUAAAGUUGAAAUUAGAUGUAAAUUUCAAUCCUUUGUGUCAUCUUAAAAAACAUAUCAUUGAAAGGUUUGGACAUGAUAAUCCGAAAAUAUAUUCUCGAAAAACUGAGGAGCAAUGGUUGAAAUCGAUCAAGGUGCAAAUUUUCGAAAAACGUCUAGGGGAUUAUUACGACUUGGAUGAAUGGGAGCAAGUCAUGUACCAACAAGAUGAGCAUAUCAAGUUAUUGGUGUUCUUUUAA